GGAAUCUCCACUGCCUUCACCACCUGGUGCAUUCCCUGAACAAGCUUUAAAAGACAACCCCCUACAACCAUUUACUGAAAUUAAUUUCUAUCGGCAAGGAGAAAACUGUGCUCAAGAGCCAUUAAACCUCCAAAUAAGUGAUAUGGAUGCGGAGAACAUUACAAAUAAAAUGGAAGACCAUCUUCUGCCACCACCUCCACCAGACUUCUGAUGUAAAGUGGUUCUUAAAUUUGCAAGGAUGGGCUAUCGCACACCCUCUCCAGGACUCCUGAUUAUUUUAUGUUCUGUACAAAAUAUUAUCUGCCCCUGCCCCUUGAAGUGCUCGUGCUCUAUGAAAACCAGAAAUGUAGACUGUUCUGGCAGAAGUUUUACUGCAUUGCCACAUGGACUGCAAGACAAUAUCACGCAGCUAAACUUGUCUCGCAAUCCCUUCUCCAGUUUAGACCACCAAUUGACUCGGUUCACCAAUUUAAGGUCACUAGACCUCUCACACAACUUGCUCAAGAGCCUGCCUUCUCACUUGCCAAGAUCUCUAUGGGAAGUGUAUGCCACAGACAACAACAUAACAGUGCUUCAUAAGCUGGACACGGCUUACCAGUGGAAUCUGAAGGUGCUAGACGUCUCCAGGAACAGCCUGCAGAGGACAGUCUUCAUUAACAAUACACUCAUUAGUCUGCAGAUGCUGAACCUCAGCCACAAUCAACUCUGGACUGUUCCUACCAACAUGCCAAGCAACGUCCUAACCAUAGAUUUAUCCCAUAACUUUAUCACUCAGAUCCUACCUGGAACCCUGGUGAGAAUGCCUCAACUCCAAACCUUAUACCUGCACAAUAACAGGUUCAGCUACAUACCAAACAACGCUUUCGACCAAAUUUUCCAUAUAAAAGAGAUCACUCUACACGAUAAUCCAUGGUCCUGCAAGGACUCAGAAAACAUGGACUAUCUAAUCAAGUGGGUGGCUGCGAGGAAAAAUGUCAACCCUUGUGGCAAUGACACCAAGGAACAGAACAUUGAAGUCCUUUUAACCCCAUACGAAGCAACACAAAUGGCAACUACAGAUGACAACCCGUUACGUACUACAAUUUAUUCUCAUUUUCUAGAGGUUCAAGAAAUAAAACUGCACAAGAAGGUACAAUUCUCUGAGGCUCUACCUACAACCCCACUCCUCACCACUGAGCACAUCUUGCUCGCAAGCACAGAAGAUUCACAGUUCACAGAUGAAGGCUCCACAGAUGGAAUGAUCCAUUUAGAUUUCAACAACUUUGGAAAAGAAAUGGACCCUUUCAUAAGCUCAAAUGAAGUAGAGGAAAGUGAAAUGAACAGCCCCACCGUGAUCCUGAACACUGAUAAUGGAAUAUCAGAGGUGAUCCUGAACAGUGAUCAUGAUGGACCAAACAAUGGUCCAGGGGCGGCCAUGCCAAGCACAACCGUAUCUGUAGAUAUACAACGUACAACUGUUAACCUCAACUCUGCACCUUCCUCUGCAGCCCAGAAAGCUGCAUCCUUUACAGUUCCCUUUCUAUUCAUUCCUCUCACGCUUAGGAUAGUAUAAAAGCAUGGUCUAAACAGGGUAAGGUAAGAACACGCGUUUUUCACAUGAGCCUGGCACAAAGUUUAGCAUUCUAGCAUCCAACUCAAAGAUGUCAAAAUUGUACUACCAGCUUUGCUUGAAAACUGAAUGAGACGAUGAAUGUCAAUGCACCAAACCGAUGAAUGCUGCCGAUGUUAUGCAUAUCUGUACAAAAAAUGAUUCAGAUCGAUUUUAUUAAACUUCACUUGAAUGU